UGUGUGUUUCUUUUUCUCUGCCACCGUAUUUACGGUAUUGCAGCAUGGUUUCCGUGCGUGCAACGUGUGCGCUUCUUGUCAGAGGUGCAGCUCGCGCAGCCAUGGCUCAGCACAAGUUCAUUGAUAUCGGUGUAAACCUGACGGACCCCAUGUUCAGAGGACUCUACAGGGGGAAGCAGAAACACGACGAUGACUUCAGUCAGAUCAUAGACAGAGCUCUAAAAGUCGGAGUUGAAAAGUUUAUGAUCACAGGAGGAAAUCUUGAAGACAGUAAGGAGGCUCUUAAACUAGCCGAGACCAGAGAUGAGUUCUGCUGCACGGUUGGCUGCCAUCCCACCCGCUGCACUGAGUUUGAGCAGAGCGGAGAGGCCCAGUACUUCUCCGGGCUCAGGGAGCUGGCGACGGCACACAGAGGAAAGGUGGUGGCCAUCGGAGAGUGUGGACUGGACUUUGACAGGUUGGAGUUUUGCCCCAAAGAAACUCAACUCAAAUACUUUGAGAAGCAGUUUGACCUGGCAGAGGACACCAAGCUGCCCAUGUUCCUCCACUGCAGAAACUCCCAUCAGGAGUUCAUCGACAUCAUGAAGAGAAACAGAGACCGAUGUGUUGGAGGAGUGGUCCACUCAUUUGAUGGCACUGCAGAGGACGCUGCUGCCCUCAUCGACCUGGACCUUUACAUUGGAAUAAAUGGAUGUUCCUUGAAAGCAGAGGCCAACAUUGAAGCUAUGAAGUCUAUCCCCACUGAGAGACUCAUGAUAGAAACCGACGCUCCGUGGUGUGGCGUGAAGAACACUCACGCAGGCUCAAAGUACGUUAAAACUACAUUUCCCACGAAGAAGAAAUGGGAGGCGGGGCACUGUCUGAAGGACAGGAACGAGCCGUGUCACAUCAUACAAGUCCUAGAGGUGAUGGCAGCGGCGAGGGACGAGGAGCCGCUGGAGCUCGCCAACACGAUCUACAACAACACCAUCAAAGUGUUCUUCAGCUCCAGCUGAUGAUGGAGCAGGUGAAACCUGCGCGUGUGACUGUUUGAAUGAUAAAACUCCACCUGAAGCUUCUGAUCUUCUGAAAUAUAAAUGAGGUCUUCAUGGAUUUUUACUGUUUUUCUUACAGCUGACCACAAAAUUGACUCCUAACCUAACCGGUCAUCUUUAAACACAUCUACACUCAUCAUUUAGUUUCUUUCCUCUGUGAUUUAGUGCUGUCUACAGGAACAUCAGUUGUCAUGUACGUUUAACUUAAUAAAAAGCAUAAACAUUAAUACU